CGCGCGCCCUCACCUGCCCGGGGCGGCGCGCGCGGGCGCAGAGGAGGCGGCGGGGCGGAGGCCGCCGAGGAGCCGGGGAGGAGCUUGCGCCGGGCGGCGGCGUGGGCGCGAAGUGAAACUCCUGGAAGUCGCGGGAGCGCGGGGAGCCGCGGCGGCGGGCCGCGCGCCCAUGGCGUUGAGCAAAGGGCUGCGGCUGCUCGGGCGGCUGGAGGCCUCGGGGGAGAGCAGCAUCCUGCUGGAGGCGCGCGGCCGCGGGGACUGCUUGCUCUUCGAGGCCGGCACGGUGGCCACGCUCGCUCCAGAAGAAAAGGAGGUCAUUAAAGGCCAGUAUGGAAAGCUCACUGAUGCUUAUGGCUGCCUGGGGGAGCUCAGGUUGAAGUCCGGUGGCACCUCCCUGAGCUUCCUGGUUUUGGUGACAGGCUGCACAUCUGUGGGCAGAAUUCCAGAGGCCGAAAUCUACAAAAUCACCGCCACCGACUUUUACCCACUUCAGGAAGAGGCCAAGGAGGAGGACCGCCUCACAGCCUUGAGGAAGAGCCUCAACUCAGGGGUCUUCUACUUCUCGUGGCCCAAUGAUGGGUCUUGCUUCGACCUCACUGUCCGGGCACAGAAGCAGGGCGAUGACAGCUCCGAGUGGGGCAACCCCUUCUUCUGGAACCAGCUGUUGCACGUGCCCCUGAGGCAGCACCAGGUACGCUGCUGUGACUGGCUGCUGAAGGUCAUCUGCGGGGUGGUGGCCGUCCGCACGGUGUACGCCUCUCACAAGCAGGCCAAGGCCUGCCUCAUCUCCCGCAUCAGCUGCGAGCGCGCCGGCGCUCGCUUCCACACCCGAGGCGUGAACGACGACGGCCAUGUGUCCAACUUCGUGGAGACGGAGCAGGCGAUUUACAUGGAUGACGGAGUGUCGUCUUUUGUUCAGAUCAGAGGCUCCGCUCCGCUGUUUUGGGAGCAGCCAGGGCUUCAGGUGGGUUCCCAUCAUCUGAGACUCAACAGAGGCCUGGAAGCCAACGCCCCUGCUUUCGACAGGCACAUGGUGCUUCUCAAGGAGCAGUAUGGGAAGCAAGUGGUCGUGAACCUGCUGGGGAGCAGAGGCGGAGAGGAGGUGCUCAACAGAGCCUUCAAGAAGCUGCUCUGGGCUUCUUGCCACGCCGGCGACACGCCUAUGAUCAACUUUGACUUCCAUCAGUUUGCCAAAGGCGGGAAGCUAGAGAAAUUGGAGAACCUGCUGAGGCCACAGUUGAAGCUGCACUGGGACGACUUUGAUGUGUUCGCCAGGGGCGAGAAUGUAAGUCCACGUUUUCAGAAAGGCACUUUGCGGAUGAACUGUCUCGACUGCCUGGACCGAACCAACACGGUGCAGAGCUUCAUUGCCCUCGAGGUCCUCCACCUGCAGCUUCAGAGCCUAGGGCUGAAUUCAAAGCCCAUUGCCGACCGAUUCGUGGAGUCCUUCAAAGCCAUGUGGUCUCUGAACGGGCACAGCCUGAGCAAGAUGUUCACGGGCAGCCGGGCCCUGGAAGGGAAGGCCAAGGUGGGGAAGCUGAAGGACGGGGCCCGGUCUGUGUCUCGCACAAUCCAGUCCAACUUCUUCGACGGGGUGAAGCAGGAGGCCAUCAAGCUGCUGCUGGUCGGGGACGUCUACACUGAAGAGUCUGCGGACAAAGGAAGGAUGCUGCUGGACAACCAGGCCCUGCUGGGUGAGGGGCUCCCGCUCCGCCUGGGGAGGCGUCCGGCUGCCCUGCCAUCCAGAGGGCGGUGGUUGGGGGGUGCCGGCCUCCCCACCCCUCACGUCAUCCCAGAUGUGACUCCCAGGAUUCUGCGAGCCAUGUCGGAGCGCCAGGCGGAGUUCACGAAUUUCAAGCCAGUGCGCGUCGCCGUGGGCACCUGGAAUGUGAAUGGCGGGAAGCAGUUCAGGAGCAACCUGCUGGGCACUGCCGAGCUGGCUGGCUGGCUGCUGGAUGCACCCAUGUUUUCCGGAGUCUCUGGAUCCCAGGAUGACAGCAGCCCAGCUGACAUAUUUGCCGUGGGGUUUGAAGAGAUGGUGGAACUGAGCGCAGGGAAUAUCGUCAACGCCAGUACCACCAACAGGAAGAUGUGGGGUGAGCAGCUUCAGAAAGCCAUCUCACGCUCUCAUAGGUAUAUUCUCUUGACUUCGGCACAGCUGGUGGGCGUCUGUCUUUAUAUCUUUGUACGUCCGUACCACGUCCCCUUCAUCAGGGACGUGGCGAUCGACACGGUGAAGACGGGCAUGGGGGGAAAGGCGGGGAACAAGGGCGCCGUGGCCAUCCGCUUCCGGUUCCACAGCAGCAGCUUCUGCUUCGUGUGCAGCCACCUGACGGCCGGGCAGUCCCAGGUGAAGGAGAGGAACGAGGACUACAAGGAGAUCACCCAGAGGCUGAGCUUCCCGACGGGAAGAAACAUUUUUUCUCACGAUUAUGUGUUUUGGUGCGGCGAUUUCAACUACCGCAUUGAUCUCACUUACGAAGAAGUCUUCUAUUUUGUGAAACGCCAAGACUGGAAGAAACUCCUGGAAUUUGAUCAGCUACAGCUACAGAAAUCAAGUGGAAAAAUUUUUAAAGACUUUCACGAAGGCACCAUUGACUUUGGACCCACCUACAAGUAUGACGUUGGCUCUGCUGCCUACGACACCAGUGACAAAUGCCGCACCCCGGCCUGGACGGACAGGGUCCUGUGGUGGAGGAAGAGGCGUCCUUUUGACAGAACAGCUGGAGAGCUCAACCUUCUAGACAACGAUCUGGACGCUGACACCAAAGUCAGACACGCCUGGUCUCCUGGUGCCCUCAAGUAUUACGGCCGAGCAGAGCUGCAAGCGUCUGACCACAGACCCGUGCUGGCCAUCGUGGAGGUGGAAGUGCAAGAAGUCGAUGUGGGUGCUCGGGACAGGGUGUUCCAGGAAGUGUCCUCUUUCCAGGGCCCCCGGGACGCCACCGUCGUCGUCAACCUUCAGUCGCCAACCUCCGAAGAGAAAAACGAGUUUCCCGAGGACGUGCGCACGGAGCUCAUGCAGACCUUGGGCAGUUACGGGACGAUCCUGCUCGUCAGGAUCAACCAAGGGCAGAUGCUGGUGACUUUUGCAGACAGUCACUCGGCGCUCAGCGUCCUGGAUGUGGACGGAAUGAAGGUGAAAGGCAGAGCCGUGAAGAUUAGACCGAAGACCAAGGACUGGCUGAAAGGUUUGCAAGAGGAGAUCAUUGGAAAGCGGGACAGCGUGGCCUCCGUGUCCCCCACCGCCAACUCCUGUCUGCUGGAGGAAAACUUCGACUUCACGAGUCUGGAUUAUGAGUCAGAAGGGGAUAUUCUCGAAGACGACGAAGACUAUUUGGUGGAUGAGCUGAGUCAGCCUGUGUUCUCAGAUAGUGAAGCGGGGGGAGACGAGCUCGCCGAUGCCCCCAGCUCCAUGGCAGUGGCGCCUCCCAGCCGGUCACCGGCACUCACCAAAAAGAAGCAGCAUCCAACCUACAGAGAUGAUGCUGACCUGCUCGACUUAAAGCAGGAGCUCGAAGCAGUUGGGGACUUCCGCCACCGCUCUCCAAGCCGGUCUCUGUCGGUUCCCAACAGGCCUCGGCCACCUCACCCACCGCAGAGACCCCCCCCUCCAACUGGUUUAAUGGUGAAAAAGUCAGCCUCGGAUGUGUCCAUCUCCUCUGGCACCCACGGGCAGUAUUCGAUUUUGCAGACAGCAAAACUUCUGCCAGGAGCACCUCAGCAAGCACCCAAAGCUAGGACUGGGAUAAGUAAGCCUUAUAACGUCAAGCAGAUCAAAACUACCAACGCUCAGGAGGCGGAAGCAGCGAUCCGAUGUCUCCUGGAAGCCAGAGGAGGCGCCCCAGGAGAAGCCCUAAAUGCCACAGCCUUGAGGGACCAGGGACCUUCCAAACCAGAGCCCACAGCGGGGGUGGCCCCACUCCUGCCCCGUCGGCCCGCACCCAGAGUUCCUGCCAUCAAGAAGCCAGCCUUGAGGAGGACAGGAAAGCCCGCGUCACCGGAAGAACAGUUUGGGCAUCAGGCCGUCCAUUUUACAAUCGGGCCCCCGGAGACGAGCCUUGACACCCCUCCUCUAGCGACAGUCCCUCCCGUUCCCAAACCGAGAACACUUCAGCCCGGGAAAGGUGCCGCCGCCGCCGCCGGGAAGCCAGCGCCGGACGAGGCCCCGACCGCGGCCGCCCCGCCCCCUCCGGAGGCCCCGCCCCUCGUGCCCCAGGUGCCCCCGCGGAGGAAGAAGUCGGCGCCGGCGGCCUUGCACCUGCAGGGGCUGCAGAGCAACUGCCAGCUUCUCCAGGGGGCCCCCUGCAGCAGCCCCAGCAGCGACUGUCCCCCCGCACCCCUGCCUGCUGGGGGCGCGCUCUUCCCCCAGCCGGCUUUCCUUGGCCCUUCAUCACCUGCCAGCCCUGAGGCCGAUGUUACCAAGGACACGAAGUCAGAGGCCGCCCCCCUCCUCGGCCAUUAUCAGGAUUAUCAGGAUCCCUUCUGGAGCCUUCUCCACCACCAUAACCUGUUGAAUACCUCCUGGCUUCCCAAGAGCCCUGACCCCCUGGACUCGGGGAACAGGAACCCCGGAAGAGCACACGCAGCCCCCCAGCAAGUCAGUGCCUCACCUGCCCAGGAGCUGCCACUGGAGGACAGACAAAACGACUUCGGUCCCUGGGUGACAACCAGUGACAAGGACAAGAGGACGGUGCUGCAGGUGUUUGACCCACUGGCGAAAACAUGACUGGGAAACUCCGACAGCAGCUCUCCCACAGGAUGUGUGCCUUCUCCCCCGGCCUCACCUUAACGGGAAAGCCCAUUGGUCUCAACUCCCCAGUUGAAGGAGACAUCUAGUUAAAGGCACACUGAAAAAACAUUGAUACUCUUGUGUAGUUUACAAAAAUUGUGUCUCUUAUUCAGUAAGAUUAUUAUUCAGCCACCAAAAUAUGUUUUAUUCCAGACUUGUGCAUGUUAAGUUUCCUCUCAGGGUGUGAGAAACCUCCGGGUAGAUUCAGUAUACGGAUUUUAGGAAAGAGAAUCUAGCCGAUAAUGCCCAAGAAGUUCCCUCCCAUUGAAUUUUAAACAGUUGUUCAAGUUAUGUGUGUAUGUGAUGAGUUUUUUUUAAUAUUGUUUGUAUUUUACAGAUUUGGAAUAACUUUUUGGUGACCCACCUGAAGGUUGAUGCAUAAUGUAAGGAUUCCACUAAAAGGUGGUUGGGACCAUUAAGAGCUGUACCUGGCCUCUGACACCAGGUUAAAAAGAUAUCAGAGUAGGAAGCAGCAAAUAGGUCAACCAAAAGAUUAGACUGUACAUUCCUGGGAGCCCUUGUGUUUAUUUAUGUACAUGUAUAUUAGCCGUGAUUAUGUGUGCGUCCUGGGGGAGAUGGUGUCAUUCCCUGCUUUGGUUCCGGAGCAUAUACCAUUAGCUUCACCUGAGCUCCAACUGCCUAAGUCUCCUGUACCAUGUCUUGGACUUUGCAUGUCCCGUAAAUUGCUACAGUCCUGAGCUCUGGUGUGCUACCAGUUUUUACACACUCUCUAUUCCCUAUUAAAUAAAACCUCAUGGCUUUCUUUUUCUCCUUAUAUUCCAUAUUCAGAAAAAGCACAAAAUGUGAAAACUCAUACUGGUACGUACAAGUACUGAUUUUCAUUAUUAUAAUUUGAAGAAUAUUUCUUUUAGUAUGGUCUACCUAGCUGUGGCUUCAGGAAGGAGAGUACCACAUGUCCCCACAUAUAAGAAACCUCAGGAUAUUCUGAGUUAGCUUAUCUACAUUUUUAUUAGGUUUUUUUUUUCCCUGUACAUUUCCAACACCACUUCUUACCUAGUCAGUCUUUAAAAAAGACAUCACCAUACUGCUUUACAUUUCUAAAAGAAUGUUAUAAGGCCUAGAACUCAUUUGGCGCAGAUUUCAUAAUUUUGCCGAUAAGAAAUUUACUGGCAAAAUCUCAGUGUGCCACAUACCAUGUUUAGGAGUCUUUCAUGUCAUAGAAUCAUACAGCAACGGUUCUGUGUUAUCCCUAAUGUGACCAGGGAAUUCCUGCACUCAAAGCUAAUGGUUAGCAUGGCAGGCUCCUUUUACUGAUCAGACCUCUGGGAUUUCAGAAUUAACUCUCAUUGCCACUAUCAAGAUACACUACAGAUUAUACAAAAACAAAACUGUAUCUCAUUUCAUCUGAAAACUAAUAAAAGAAAAAGAUAUUAGUGACCCAUAGAGAGAAAUAGAUAAUACAAGUAGUUAACCAGUAGUAAAAGAUGGUGUUUUUAGCCUUAGCUGAUUAGGACACCUUCUCUAGCACUUACAUGCUUUAUAUCAUUUUUACCUCUCUGAGAAAUGCAAGAAGUAAACAACGUGAUCCUUGAAAGCGUUAGGAGGAGAAAGGAAGCAAGAUGGGUAAGAGACUCUGGAAAGGUAAAUCAUUUACCAGGAUUCGCGUCACUUCUAAAGGGCAUGGUUGGGAAUGGAAUCGAAGAUUUCUUAAACACUCUUUUCUCCAUAACCUCUUUUCCUUCUAAAAAGGAGGUGAAUUUGAAGGCAUAUCUAUGUAACAGUGAGUCCGAAAAGCAGGGGGAAAGUAAGCACCACAAAAGUUGCUUCCAGUGCUUAAUUUUCAGGUUUCUUCUUUGUUCUAGAUAGCAAAUAGCCAAUAAAUGGUACAGAGAACAGAAUUUCAUUUAAGAUAGGUGUUCAUCACACAAAUAGUUCUUAAGAAUCUGACAGUAAGUAUUAACACACAGAACUGUAUUGAGGCAGGUCACAGGAAAAAUUACAAGUAGUUUAACAUUAAGAAAUGAAUAUUAUUUGCUCAAGGCUGUUCAGAUUUAAUGAAUAACAGACUGGAUUUUGAGUUGAUAAUAUGUAAGGUUCUUGUACUAGCGUUCACUUUUUUUAAAAAAAAAAGGACAAUUGGAAUUGCCUUAUUUUUUAAAUCAGUGCUUAACAGUGGGUAUCUUUCCUAGGUUAGCAGUAGAGUUGGUUGAAUAAUCUCGACAAUGAGCAGCUGCCAUCCUGGGGAUUUUAUUCCGUGGUUUUUAUUUUUAAUCUUUCUUUGAUGUUCCCACACCAGCCUUUUUACUGUGACCUUGCAGUUUAUUUCAUUACUGUUCUGUAAGGUGUUACAGUUCAUCACAGUAUUUUAGGCACAGACUUUACAAUUCAACAUUUUCUCCCUGACCCCAAUUAGAUUCUCUUUUUACAGUAUAAUCUUCCCGGACUUCUUGCCAAUUUAAAAAAAUUUGUUCUAGUAAAUUAUUGAAACAAGGACAUCUGCCCAAGAAAGUCCUGUAAAAGUUUAAAGUUGUUGAAGUUCACGACACUUAAAAUUCUCCUGACCUGUGUAUAAGCAAGGUAAUGUAUUAAAACAUUUGCUUUAUAAUGAAGUAAUUCUAUUAGAAAGGACUGCAGAAAUUACUUAUUGGAUCUUACUGGAUGACUAGCAAUGAAUAAAAACCCUAAUGUUUAUUUGAAGUGAUAAUUUGUACUGAAAUUGUAAAAAAAAAAAAAAAAACUUAUUAAAUGUUUUAUCUUUUUUUUUUUAA